UCGUGGCAUAUUACAUAUACAUAUAUACAUUUUUUCAUCUAGUGUCGCAAGCAUUUAAUCGGUGGAAGACGCUGAUGACCGAUUACGGAAAAGAAAGAUGUAGACUGAAGGCCUACAUUCGUUCUGGAUCCGCAGCAUCAAAAAGUCCCACAGUUGAAUGGCCCUAUUACAACGAUAUGAGUUUUCUAAAAGAAAUUGUAUAUCACAUGGGUUACGUCGAAACUUUCAAAAGGCCACGUCCUCACCCUCAACAAGAAGAAAUAGAAAAAGUUGUGGAAGAAGAAGGUGAAGAAUUUGAAGAAG